GUGUGUGAGUGUGUGUGUUUUGUUAAUGGGGAAGCCUCUCCGCGCAGCUCUUCCCAGCCGCUCUUUCUUGCCUUGAGGCUCACCCAACCCACCCCUGCGCUACGAGCUGAGUUGAUGCAGCCCGCUGCAUUGUGUAAGACGCGACCUGUUAUGGCCACCACUACUUCCGGGUUCCAGCAUUCUGGUCCAAAUCCACCUCUCCGCCUGUGUGCAACACACACUUUACACACGCGCAGGGGACUUGCAGCAGGCAGCAUCGAUCGUGGCUCCUUUAAGGCAAACUCAGACAGCCUUUUUUUUCUUUUUCUUUUUUUUUAACCUUCUUCCUCUAGGCUUCUCCAAUUGCUCGGAGGGAAGAGAGAAAAUCUGAUUAGGAAUUAGGACUGAAUCAAGCGAGGGAGAAAGAGAAAGGGGGAGAGGAGGAGGAGGAGGAAGAGGAGGAGAAGGAGGAGGGAAAAAAAAGGAAGAAAGGAAGCUUUUAGACCUCUUAUGCUUUUGAUGUUAACAUUUGAGGUGUCCUGACCAGUUGGAAGCACACACGGCGGAGUCUCAUCAUUCAUUCACCACCUUGACAAGCUCGCCUUUGAUUGACAGCUGGAGUGGCAAAAAGUCAUGCGAGUUAGUAGUUGGGUUUGAGAGGCACUUUUUUUUUUUUUUUUUGGAAAAAAAAAAACAGAUUUGGGGGUAAGGAUAUUUCCUUUCUCCCCAUCGCUGUCUUGGAAACCAGAAGGGAAAAGUGCGAGAGACGCAAGGAGGGAAAGAAAGGAAGAAAAGGAGAAAGGAGAAGAGCGAGCGAGAGCGCGUUUCUCUCCCCCUCUCCGCUUUUUUUUUUUUUUUUUUUUAAUGCUGAAUGCUCGUGCCGCUUCCCUGAGAUCCAUCUGGCUGAAGACUCCCCUGAUCGGCUGCUCAAGCGACUGGCGACUUUAAAGGAUUCUCCUUUAUUCCUUUUAUUUUGGGGGUGGGUGGGUGGGAGGGAGGGGGAGCGCGUUUUGUUUCUUUUUCACACUGGCCCUAAAGAGGAUAUAUUAGAAGUUGAAAAGGAAGGGUGAGAAGCAGGCCGAUGGCGCAAAGGUACGACGAUUUACCCCAUUACGGUGGGAUGGAUGGAGUGGGGAUUCCGAGCACCAUGUAUGGGGACCCCCACGCCGCCAGAUCCAUGCAGCCUGUCCACCACCUCAACCAUGGUCCUCCGCUUCACUCCCAUCAAUACCCACACACAGCUCAUACAAACGCCAUGCCCUCCAGCAUGGGUUCCUCUGUCAAUGACGCUUUAAAGAGAGAUAAAGAUGCAAUUUAUGGACAUCCCCUCUUCCCACUCUUAGCACUGAUUUUUGAGAAAUGUGAACUAGCGACGUGCACGCCCCGGGAGCCCGGGGUAGCGGGAGGCGACGUUUGCUCUUCUGAAUCUUUCAACGAAGAUAUAGCCGUGUUCGCGAAACAGAUACGAGCAGAAAAACCCUUAUUUUCUUCUAACCCCGAACUGGAUAACUUGAUGAUCCAAGCCAUACAAGUAUUAAGGUUUCAUCUGUUGGAAUUAGAGAAGGUACACGAAUUGUGUGACAAUUUCUGCCACCGGUACAUUAGCUGUUUGAAAGGGAAAAUGCCAAUCGAUUUGGUGAUAGACGAUAGAGAAGGCGGAUCAAAAUCAGACAGCGAAGACAUAACGAGAUCAGCAAACCUAACAGAUCAGCAGCCUUCUUGGAAUAGAGACCAUGAUGACACAGCAUCCACACGGUCAGGAGGAACGCCAGGGCCCUCCAGUGGGGGCCACACAUCACACAGUGGGGACAACAGCAGUGAACAAGGUGACGGCUUGGACAACAGUGUAGCUUCUCCCAGCACAGGUGAUGAUGAUGAUCCAGAUAAGGACAAAAAGCGACAUAAAAAGCGCGGCAUCUUUCCCAAAGUAGCCACAAAUAUCAUGAGGGCAUGGCUGUUCCAGCAUCUAACACACCCUUACCCUUCAGAAGAACAGAAAAAGCAGUUGGCACAAGACACAGGGCUGACAAUACUUCAAGUGAACAAUUGGUUUAUUAAUGCUAGAAGAAGGAUAGUUCAGCCCAUGAUAGACCAGUCCAACCGAGCAGUAAGCCAAGGAACACCUUAUAACCCAGAUGGACAACCAAUGGGAGGUUUUGUGAUGGAUGGCCAACAGCACAUGGGAAUCAGAGCACCAGGGCUGCAAAGUAUGCCAGGGGAUUAUGUGUCUCGGGGUGGUCCAAUGGGCAUGACAAUGGGACAAGUUAUACACCACCCCAGAUGCCCCCCCAUCCAGCACAGUGGGACAAGUUAUACACCACCCCAGAUGCCCCCCCAUCCAGCAGAGUUGCGUCACGGCCCCCCCAUGCAUCCUUACCUUUCGGGACACCCCCACCACACAGCAAUGAUGAUGCAUGGUGGACCACCCCACUCUGGAAUGCCGAUGUCAGCGACUAGCCCCACCAUGCUCAAUACAGGAGAUCCAGCAAUGAGUGGACAAGUGAUGGACAUUCAUGCUCAGUAGCUUAAAGGAAUAUACUUUUAUUUUCAUGAAUGGCAAAUUUGAAAUAUUGUCGUUCUACAAUGACUUAAUGGAGUUCCAUUCUUGGCAUCUAAUUUGGACCAAGGAACAAUCCGAUUGUCUUUAUAGGGACCCUGAAAAGCAGGAAAAACACACCAACUGAAGAAGCCAACUUCUGGGGACAAGAAAAAUAACUAUAUAAGGCAACAAGAGUUGAAUAUUGUAAAAUGCUAUUAUUCUGUUAUCCAUAUUACGUUCUUUCUUAUAGAUUUUUUAAGAAAAAAAAUGUGAAUUUUUUUCCACACUAUGUGUGUUGUUUCCAUAACUCUUCACUUCCUGCAGAAGCCUCCUUACAUUAAAAAAAAAAAAGCCUUACAGUUAUCCUGCAAAUGACAAAAAAAGAUUUAUUUGCAGGAGUUUUAGAGCAUUAAAAUAUCUAUGUCAGGCAGAAGAACAUUUCUUCUAUCCUAGGAUUUCAGCCAUGCACUCUGUAUUUCUGUUUUUUUUUUCUCUCUCUCUCUCUCUUUAUUUCUCUCUCCCCCCUUCUCUUCCCCACCCUCCCUGCCUGGGGCGUGAAUUUGCAUGUCUAUUUCAUUUACUCACCAUAUUUGAAUUGGCCUGAACAGAUGUAAAUCGGGAAGGAUGGGAAAAAGUGCAGUCCUCAACAAUGAUUAAUCAGCUGUUGCAGGCAAUGUCUUAAGGAGACUGGUAGGAGGAGGCAUGGAAACCAAGAGAAAAGUGUGUUUGACCUUAAUUGUCACUUCAGAGCAUCAUUAUCCCCAUGAAGCAGCAGCAGCAGCAGCAGCAGCAACCACCUACAUCACUUCCUGUUUUAUGCCUCUCAAACCAUGAACUGAAGAGUUAUUUUUACUAAGUUGACUUUAUUUUUUUCAGCAAAGCAUCAGUCGUGCAUUUUUCCAUAGUCCCAUCAUGGAGCAUAUAUGUAUACAUUGUAAAUAAAUUUUGUGCAAAAAGGACUGGAAAAAUGAACUGUAUUAUUGCUUUUUUCCCCUCUUUUCUUUCUUUCUUGUUUCUUUCCUUUCCUUUCCUUCUUUCUUUUUGUAAAAGUAGCAGUUUGGUAUGAGUUGGCAUGCAUACAGAUUUACUAAGUGGGAUAAGCUAAUUAUACUUUUGUUGUGGUUAAACAAAUGCUUGUUGAUAGCCUUUUUUCUAUCAAGAAACCAAGGAGCUAAUUAUUAUUAAUAAUCAUUGCACAUUAAGUCUUAGAGUUUCUGACUGAAACUGUUUGGAUUGUACAAUAACUCAAAGCCCAGCUGUAGUAGUUCAAGUGCAGUAAUGAAACUGAAUCUAAAA